AUGGCCUAUAGGACUUGCUAUAGCAACGGACGCGCCUACCGCUGCAGGAGCUCAGCAUGGAAUAACUGGGUACGCUGGGUUGUCCUGGUAGUAGUCGUCUUGGGCUUCUUACUCCUCUUCGUACUAUGCUCUUGCCUAACAGCCCGCCGCCGCCGCAAAGCCGGUCGCCAACCCUUCUACGGCACAGGCUGGGCAGCGCGUCCCGGCGCCUACAACAACAAUCAAACCGCCGCACCCUACUACAAUAACCAACAACAACCCGCCCCACCAUACUCCGCUGCCACAAACAACAACAACAACGGAUACUACGGUGGCGGAGGCGCCAACCAAGGUUACUACGGCCAGCAGAACGGCGUUGAGCUCCAGAGUCCCCAGCCUACAUACGGUGGAGGGUAUGCGCCGCCGCCUGGUCCACCACCCCACAAGGGUUGA